GCACUCCAGCCUGGGUGACAGAGUGAGACUGUCUCAAAACAAAACAAAACAAAAACAAAGCAAUUAGCACACUGCUUGGCCCAGAGAAGGUGCUCACUAAAUCAUAGCAAUUAUUAUUAUUUCUCAGCUCUGGGCUGAGAUGCUGUAGGAACAUCACCAUCAUUUCAGUAGGGAGAAGCUGAACUUCACUAUCCAUGGUUUGGUUCCUGUUCUUCAAAGGACUUGGAGUUGAUCCUGUUUCCUGCCCUGUCUUAUCCGGACAUUUUCAUCCCCCUUCUUCUGACCUAGACCAGUAAGGGAAUAUACCGUCCAUCUCCUGAGAAUUCAAGCCACUUCUGGAACCUGGAGAGGCAGCACAGGAGGGUGUGUGUGAAAGGCUGGGAGGAGAGUUCCCAUGGACACUGGGGACAUGUGAAGGCCCUGGGGAGUUGCUGUGACCCUGGGUCUCUGCCUAGAGCAGUGAAUGCUGGGGAGAAAAAAGGACAUCAGCUGCCGAACAAAUUUCCAGUGCUGCAAAGCCCCUUUAGGAUAAACACACAGGGCUGAGUAAUCUAGGGAAGGAACAAAGGCCUGGGAUGGAGUGGGAUCUCCCUAGCACACCCUAUCUUCUUCCAUUUGCUUAGCACGUACUUUUUCUUUUCCUAAACAAGGGUGCCAGGAUAUACUAGCAUUCCUAAGCUUCAGUAUUUAUCUGGAAAGGGUUUCCGCUUAACCAGCCCCCUGGAGGUUAGCAUUGCAGUCAGGAGUGUAAACACUGGAGCCAGCCUGACCUGGGUUCAGAUGACAAAACUGCCAUGUACUAGCUGUGUAUCUUCAGGACUGGGCUGCAGCCUAGGAGUCCCAGCUGCUUACAUCCAGGUCCAGGAUUAUGUCUGCUAACAGACGCUGGUGGGUACCACCUGACGACAAAGACAGUGUGUCUGAGAAGCUCCUGAGGAAGACUCGGGAAUCUCCCCUGGUGCCUAUAGGCUUAGGAGGCUGCUUGGUGGUAGCAGCAUACAGGAUUUACCGGCUGAGGUCUCGUGGUUCCACCAAGAUGUCCAUACACCUGAUUCACACCCGAGUGGCAGCGCAGGCCUGUGCAGUGGGUGCAAUCAUGCUAGGUGCUGUGUACACAAUGUACAGUGAUUACAUCAAGAGGAUGGCACAGGAUACUGGAGAGAAGUAGGACUCCUAUAGGAGCCGGGGCCGUCCGACUCCCCUAAAUCAAUCCCUAGUACAUUCCUAAUAAAGUAGCUUUGAGGAAAA